AUGAGCAUCAAGUUCACAGUCAACGGAUUCCCGUACGAGGUGGAGGCCACGGACUUUGCCCCGGAUAUCACCCUCAAUGCCUUCCUACGGGAGCAUCUCCACCUGACGGCCACAAAAUACAUGUGCCUGGAGGGUGGAUGCGGCUCCUGUGUCUGCGUCAUCCGCCGGCGGCACCCUGUCACCCAGGAGGUACAAUCCCGGGCAGCAAACUCCUGCCUCACUCUCCUAAACACCUGUGACGAUGCGGAAAUUAUAACUGAUGAGGGACUUGGCAACCAGCUAAGUGGUUACCAUCCGAUCCAGAAACGCCUGGCCCAGCUGAAUGGCACCCAGUGUGGUUACUGCUCGCCGGGAUUCGUCAUGAACAUGUACGGACUGCUGGAGCAGCACCAGGGACAGGUGAGCAUGGCACAGGUGGAGGACGCCUUCGGAGGAAACAUCUGCCGAUGCACAGGCUAUCGCCCCAUCCUGGACGCCAUGAAGUCCUUUGCUGUUGACAGCACAGUGGACGUUCCUUCCGAGUGCAUAGACAUCGAGGACUCCUUCGAGCUUCUCUGCUUGAAAACUGGACAAGCUUGCAAGGGUAGCUGCUCCAGGCCCCCGGUGAGGGAUCAAAGUGGUAACCACUGGUACUGGCCCAAGUCCCUUGUGGAGCUCUUUGCCGCCUUGAGCCAGGUUGGAAGCGGAGAACUGUACAUCCUGGUGGCGGGCAACACGGCUCAUGGAGUCUACCGGAGACCGAGGACCAUCAGACACUUUAUCGACGUGAACAAGGUGCCGGAGCUGAAGCAGUACCGCAUCGAAGCUGAUUACACGCUAUUGGGAGCGAAUCUUACACUCGAUGAUGCUAUGCAGGUGUUCCUGGAGACUGCCAAGAGGCCCGGAUUCGAAUACUGUGUCCAGUUGUGGCAGCACUUCAACCUGAUUGCCAAUGUGCCAGUCCGAAAUAAUGGUACAUUGGCUGGAAACAUAAGCAUAAAAAAACAGCAUCCGGAGUUCCCAUCGGAUGUGUUCAUUACCUUCGAAGCUUUGGAUGUCAAGGUUCUGGUCUACGAUAAUCCCAGUAAUCAAAGAAUGAUGGGCUUGCUGUCGUAUCUUAACGAUACAUCCGCCAAACUGGUUCUAGCUGCAUUCAUCCUAAAAGCAUAUCCACAGGAUAAGUACAUCUUUAACUCCUACAAGAUCCUUGCCAGAGCCCAGAAUGUACACGCCUACGUGAAUGCAGGAUUCCUGAUCGAAUGGCAGGAUAUUCAGCGCAGUAUUGUGCGAUCUGCCCGAAUUUGUUUUGGAAACAUUCGACCAGAUUACGUUCAUGACAACGGUUUGGAGAAACUGCUCCCGGGAAGAGAUCUUUAUGAUCCUGCCACUGUUACUCAGAUCUUCCAGCAACUUUCAGGCAGCAUCCAGCCGGAGGAACGACCACCGGAAGCUUCUCCUGAAUAUCGUCAUAUGCUGGCCUGCUCGCUCUUCUACAAGUUUCUUCUGGCCACCGCGCCUAAGGAGCGGGUUCAGGAGCGAUAUCGCACUGGGGGUUUUCUGCUGGAUAGGCCUCUUUCUUCGGGGAGCCAGUCUUUUGAGACUAUAAAGAAAAACUAUCCAGUCACCCAGCCCGUCCAAAAACUAGAAGGACUUAUCCAAUGUUCUGGGGAGGCCUCGUAUGUGAACGACCUCCUGACCCCCUCGAGCUCCGUCUUCUGUGCUUUUGUGACCGCCAAGCGAGUGGGGGCCACUAUAGAGAUGAUAGAUCCUAGAUCCGCACUUCAGUGCAAGGGCGUAUUGGGCUUUUAUUCUGCCAAGGACAUUCCCGGGGUAAAUAGCAUCGUCACGGUGACUAGGGAGACACCCGCAGCGGAAGAGCUAUUUGCUGCCGGGAGGAUCAAGUACUACGACCAGCCAUUGGGGGUGGUAGCAGCACUCACCCAGGACUCAGCGGCGUAUGCAGCCACUCUGGUGAAAGUUACCUACGCUAGGGAUCAGAAGAAGGUCUACUCCAGCAUCAGCCAGGUUCUGGCGGAAAAGCAAGCUGAUAGAAUUGUGUGCCUUAAGCAAGAGGGGCAGAAACCUGUGGCGUUGGGGCCACUAGUUCCUGGUGAUGUUCAGGGAAAGGGAAUCUUUGAAAUGGGCUCACAAUAUCACUUCUCCAUGGAACCCCAAACGACGAUUGUGGUACCCCUGGAUAACAUUCUGCAAGUGUACUCUUCCACCCAAUGGAUGGACGGCACUCAGGGAGCCAUUGCUCAUAUGCUGGGGGUCACUGUAAACUCUAUUCAGCUGCAAGUGAGGAGAGUCGGUGGAGGUUACGGAGCCAAGGUAACUCGGGCUAACUUUGCGGCCUGUGCCGCCGCUCUGGUGGCCUCCAAACUUAAUAGGCCUGUCAGAUUCGUCCAGACCAUCGAGUCCAUGAUGGAGACACUCGGUAAACGCUGGGCCUGCCGCUCGGACUACGAGUUUCGUGCCCGCGCUAGUGGCUCCAUAAUCCUACUCACCAACGACUACUACGAAGAUGCCGGCUGCAGUCUCAACGAAAACGUAGUAGACUUCCUGACCUUGCCGGCCCUCAGAAAUGUUUACAAUUUGGCUGAUACGAACUUUAGGGUCAAGGGCAGUGCCAUCCUCACUGACGCUCCCAGUUCGACUUGGUGCCGGGCACCAGGAUCAGCGGAAGGCAUUGCCAUGACAGAGAACGCCAUGGAACACAUUGCCUUCGAGUGCCAAUUGGAUCCAGCUGAUGUUCGUCUGGUUAACCUGCAGCCUGGGAGCAAAAUGGUCCAGCUCCUUCCUAGAUUCCUGGCCUCCACAGAGUAUCGAAAGCGACGGGACCAAGUCAACCUGUUCAACACCCAGAAUCGAUGGCGUAAACGCGGCCUGGGACUAUCAAUAAUGAAUUUUCCCCUCAACACAACCAUAGGUUUUACCUACCCCGCCACAGUGGCCAUUUACCACGAAGACGGAUCUGUGGUUAUUUCCCACGGUGCCAUAGAGAUUGGCCAAGGAAUCAACACAAAGGCAGCACAGGUGGCAGCUUUCCUGCUCGGAGUGCCGCUGGAGAAGGUGCGGGUCGAAGGAAGCAACACCGUGAAUGGAGCCAACACCAUGAUAACUGCCAACUCAAUGACCAGUGAGAUGAUUGGCAUUGCCGUGAGGAAAGCUUGCGACACUCUUAACCAGCGACUGUCUCCGGUAAAGAAGCAGCUUGGGCCCCAGGCCACCUGGUUGCAGGUGCUCCAAGCUGCUUACCUACAGUCCAUUUUCCUGAUUGCCACAGAAUCGUAUAAACUGGGUGACAUUCCCAGUUACAGCAUCUUUGGCCUAAGUCUCACAGAAGUGGAGCUGGACAUUCUGACUGGAAACCACCUAAUCCGAAGGGUGGACAUCCUGGAGGACGCUGGCGAAAGCCUGAGUCCGAACAUCGAUGUGGGCCAGGUGGAGGGCGCUUUUGUGAUGGGACUGGGCUACUAUCUCACCGAACUUCUUGUCUACGAUCGCCAGACGGGCCAGAUCCUCACAAACCGCACUUGGAAUUACCAUCCUCCAGGUGCUAAGGACAUUCCCAUUGAUUUCCGCAUCGAGUUGCUGCAAAAGAGUCCUAAUCCAGUGGGUUUCAUGCGAUCCAAGGCCACGGGAGAACCUGCCUUGUGCCUGGCAGUUGGAGUCCUGUUCGCCAUCCAGCACGCCAUUCAGUCAGCCAGAAAGGACGCAGGACUUCCGAGGGAAUGGGUGCGACUGGGAGCACCCACCACACCGGAGACUGUGGUACUUAAUGCCGGAAGCCAGAUCGAAGACUUUUCGUUGAACUGA